AUGUCGUCAAACAAGCAGCGAGUCCAGUGCUUCGGCAAGAAGAAGACGGCCACCGCCGUCGCCCAGUGCGUCAAGGGCCAGGGCCUCAUCAAGGUCAACGGCCGCCCGCUCAACCUCGUUUACGAGCCUCUUCUGGUCAUCGGCCUUGACCAGGUUGCCAACAUGGACAUCCGUGUCCGGGUCACCGGAGGUGGUCACACUUCGCAGGUCUACGCCGUCCGCCAGGCGAUCGCCAAGUCGAUCGUUGCCUACUACCAGAAGUUCGUCGAUGAGCACAGCAAGAACCUGCUCAAGCAGGCCCUGACACAGUACGACCGUACACUUCUUGUCGCCGACAACCGCCGUUGCGAGCCCAAGAAGUUCGGCGGUCCCGGUGCCCGCUCCAGGUUCCAGAAGUCUUACCGUUAA